GGUACAUAGUGGCACACCGACCAGGGAUCUAUGAUACUCUUAGAGUCUUACCAUAAGAACAAAGUUGUGUCUUGAUACCGAGGCCAAUGUCAACAUCAACACCCUGGUUAUCGAAUUCUUUCACGACCUCCAGUCAACUAGAUGUUGAUUCGGCAGCUCUGUCUUCACUUCUCCAAAACACUUCUUUGAGCUCGACGUCGAGCGAACUAGGUUCCUCUGGUCACUUUGCGAGCUUUGUCACCCUCGUUUCAGGUCUUGAGCAAAGCUUGCACAACGAAGAUCCGCUUUUUCUAGACCUUGACGUUUCAUUCAACCCGAAUCGCACCCUCAUCGCUUCUGGCGCGUCUUCUCGCGUGGAAAAAGCAACCUGGAAUAGCAGUAACUUCAAGGGUAAAUUCAACAAACGAUGGGGAAACUCGGUUGCACUCAAAUUUACACGAUAUCAUACCGACACUCAUCGGACCGCCACCAAUUGGAAACACCUUUUAUCUGAGGUUCGGGCUCUACUCCAUGAGCCCAUCCGAUAUCAUCCGAACAUCGUUCGACUAUUAGGAAUCAGUUGGGGUGCAACGGACGGAAUGCGGUCCAACUUCCCAGCAUUGGUUUUGGAGUUGUCGGAACUCGGGACGCUCGCACACCUUCAAAUGAACGAGAGCGAGAGCCUCUCUUUCAACAUCAAGAAAAAACUGUGUUGGGAUGUCGCGAAGGGUAUAUCCAUCCUCCACGCUUGUGGCGUCGUUCAUGGCGAUCUGAAACACGAAAACGUCCUCGUAUACCCUAAUCGUGAUUCUGACGCUACGGUCAAGUACGUCGCCAAGAUUUCCGACUUUGGCGGGUCUGUAAUGGACCUGGGGGUUGAUCAGUUUCGGACACUAUAUACUCCCACCCAGCUAUGGUUAGCUCCCGAAUUCUUCGUCAAAAGCCAUAUGUCGGAGGGUGAAUUGAAACUUACCGAUGUGUAUGCGUUAGGUCUUCUAGUGUGGAGGACCAUUAUAGAUGGUAAAAACCCAUACCAGCAACUUGUUUCGAAUGCAGAGCCUAUGCUCGAAUCACAGAUUUAUGAGCUCAAAUCCUCGAACGAGCUGAUAAGCAUGGCAAAGGAAAGCGUACUGCAUCACGAGCCUAGCAUUGCUCCUGAUGGCAUUCAGAUCCUGCACUAUAUAUUCGACAAUACUAUUCAAUGCGCACCGUCCUCAAGGAAUCUUGUUCGUACAAUUGCUGCUUUACAAGUAAACAAAAUUUCAGAAACGGAGGAAUUAUUAGAAAAUGCGCGCAAGAAGAACGAUGAACACAAUGAGCUUCUUAAAAAUAGGGUACUAGUUCCCGGUCAACAUGGGCUGACACAGGAUGGCCUAGGUGUUUACCUAGCCCAAACGAAUGCGACCACUGGAGAUUAUGAUUAUCAACACGCAGGGCCAGGCUUUCGCCCCACUAUCCGUCCUCCACCCCAGGGAGAGUUUCGUUUCGAGCCCCUUCGCCUCAAAGCAGUCCUCAACUGGAAAUGUCAAACCAUGCUCAUACAUGAUCUCGAAGCGGCCGCUCUCGUCGAUCUGAAAGGUACGGACAAACCCUCCGCACCAACUCAAAUGAUUCCUGCCAUCGCAGGCUUUCAUACCUUCAAAUGUUAUUGCUACGAAUUUGGAACCAAGUUCGAUAGCGUGAAAGCUUGCCACUGGCUGAAAUUUACUGCUUCUUGUGACGUGGAGUGUCUAGAAACCAACCUCGCCCGCGCCUGGUGUUGGAGAUUUCACAAAACUUUCAACGUUGACUUGGAUAUGGAUUCUUCCAAAACCCUUAGUUGGCUACGCUGGGCUAUCGACAAGGGACAUCGGAAAUGCAUCUUGGAAGGAAAUUCGAUCCUUCAAGAUUUGAUGCCAGGCCCCGAAGUGCGUGCUUUCCAUGGAAAAGAACUCCUUGACUCGUAUCGUUUGUUAUCCACGUGUGGCGGUGGUGUCGGGAUGCCAUUCUUUGUUCCCGGAAAGCUGCGGAGGUUGUAUCACAUGGACGAUUUUGCUGCACUAGAACAAGAUAUUCAAGCUGAAUUGACUUUUCGUGGAGUUCAGUCCGUCGAUGAGAUUUACGUCAACAGUCGAGGAGAUGGCUUACUUCAUAUGGCUGCAGCUCUUGGUCAACUAGGUACCUUGAAGUACCUUGUUGAAACCCACCACCCGAAUAUCAAUAAGGCAAAUUCGUCUCGUGAGGAAACGCCGUUAGUUUCCGCCUGCCGAGGUGGACAUCUAGCCUGUGCAUUAUAUCUCCUCGAUCUCGGGGCAACACCUGAAGGAGAUCGAUUCAGUUUAGAAAGACCAUUAUGGUGGCUAUCCUCAUUCAAAGAAGACGAAAUUCCAAGAAUCGCUGCUCGGCUUGUCAUGGCUGGUGCAAGUCUGACAUUCCCCCAGUCGCCCUCGGAAUUCUCGACUCUUGCAUUAAGCAGAGGACAAUUACGGUCGAAGUAUGUUUGGGCCGAUUAUGACAACUUUUUACUUCUCCCUGCUUCCCCUUUGUCGAGAGCUGUCAUGAUGGAGAGCUUGCCCGCUGUUAGAGCUUUAUUGACUCUCGGGGCACAUCCCUUGGAAGGAUAUCGCGACCCGAAGCUGAAGCCUAACACUGGCCUCUCAGUGUGUCCGAUGGUCGUUGCAGCAGCUUUGACGCAUUCGGAUAUACUCCAAGUAUUGCUUGAUCAUAUUGACUCAAGGACCGCGAGACCAAUUCGCCUCUUCUCUGAAAUAAAGAUGUUAGAAAUGGCUUUGGAUAGCAAAGUCACCAUAGGAGAUCCUAUGUCCGUGGAUCGUCGAGUCGCGAGGCUCGGACCAGCAUAUCAAGAGUCAUUGACUUCUACUUUGCGGAUCCUUCAUGACAGGGAAAUUUGUUUCCAGCAAGAGGACGAUGAAGCGACAAAACAACUUGUGGCAAAAGGUUCCGCUGACAUGCUAUACCGUCUUGCUUCUGUCGGACAGAUCGAUAUUCUCAGAAUCUUGCUCCAGUUGGGGCAUCCUGCAAGGGGAUACGCAGAGGUUUUCCCUAUCGUUGCCGCUGUCCAGUCGAAUAAUGAACCCAUCUUUCAACUUUUGGUUGACUACGGAGCCGAUCCUACCGUGCUCUAUGAUUUUCCAGCCCUCAGGAGAAAACGAACUCUUCUUCAAGUUCUCGCUGAACGGCCUCAUAACACUAUAACAGGCAUCGGUAUUGCUCAGGCUCUCCUUGAGAAAGGUGUUCCGGUCGAUUUUGUCAAUCCGGGUGGUCUCGACCAACAAGAAUCGGAUUUGAUUGUGUCUCGGCCCGCUUUCAGCUCUGCAGUUCUAAGACAAGAUUUCGAGCUGGCAGAUCUAUGUCUCAAGCAUGGUGCGAAUGUGGACCUGACUUAUGUUCACAAGGCCAAUGUUGCAAAAAUCACCGUCCUCGGUGAGUUGGUUUGCAACCCUACAGAGAAAAACCAGGAUUCGCUGCAAUAUUUGCUUGGAUUGGAGGUAUUUCCAUCAUACAUCGUCAGUCCAACGGUUGGUUGGAGUGUGCUCUUCCACGCUUCGUUUUUCUGGGCAACCACAGAUAUGCAAAGACGAAUUCUUGGACAAAUGGUCCGGAUGAUUGUUGCUAAGGAUAUCUAUUCGUCUGAAGAAGUCAUGCGCUAUGCACCACACGCACAAGUCCAGGCUAUCGGGUUCCCAUUUGUGUUAGCAUUAAUGGGAAAUCUUGAAGUCUUCACAGCGUUGUUGGAUUGUAUCCCCCGAAUAUCACAGAAUCCUCAUUUGUAUUUUGAAUACGAAGGAGUGAAGCUUUCGUUGCUAUUAAGGGCUAUUAUAGCGAAGUUUCCUCAGCUUCCAGAGCAUAUUUUGGCAGCCAACAGUAAUUUGGGUAUCGCCAAUGACAAAACCAUGGAUAAUGAGUGGAUGGAGAGAUAUAAAUUGAUUUUGUAUCGACUGGAAGAGCAGCAGUAGAAUUUCUAUGUAUUUGGCCCACUUAAAUGUGUUGCAGCACACAGCGCUGGAAUACGAAGGUCAAUGCUGAAGAGCGGUGACCUUCGAAUUCCGGGAGGAUAAACUACGUUUAUCUAUUAUGUCCAUAUAGUAACGUUCGCUUGUGAGUCGUACGUUCGCACUCUAACAAAAUCUGACAGUACAUUAUGAUGUUAUUCUUUCAUUGGCCCAGCCGGAAAAG